AUGAAAGCUGUAUUGGAAUCAUAUCCAACCCCGCCGAUAGCCGUCGCUAGGCAGGCGAUAGCCCAACACGUGAUCGUAUCUACCGAAGGACUAAUCACCGAGUGUAAUGACAAUAAAUACCCGCAAUCGAGAUCUGGCGACUGCAAAGAAUGGAGUACGCCGACUUAUUCUCUUAAGAAAUGCCCAAUAAUAGCCUAUUCUAGAAAUUUCCCCUCGGAGGCCAUCAGGUCCACAAGCGGGAGGCAAACAGCUCAGGAGCAGAUGGACGAAAAGUGGGCACAAAAUGAUCGCGAUUACACGGUGCUGCAAGAGGCAGUCUGA